UUUCAGGUUCCACAGAGUGCGUGUUAUAUGUGUGCGUGUUGUUAUGUGUGUGUUGAGUGUGUGAGAGAGUUUGUAGUGUGGUUGUAAACGUUCCCAGCUCGGAUACUGUCACCGCCUUGCACCGCAGGCAGGCGCCGUGUUCCUACAUGCAAGUUACCGUCGCGGCUCCACAAUCGUUGGCCAGCAAUGACCGAGAGCCCCGCGACCAAGCCAGCCAACGGGGAUGUGUGUCAGCGUGUGAGGAACGGACUGAAGCUGGACAGAAACGGCUUGGUGAAGAGCCUCCACAGCUGCCAUGAGCGGCAGCCCAAGCACCACUGCCACCCCGAGGAGGAGGAGGUCCACGCAGCAUCACAUCAUGGCGGCCUGUACAUCCGACCCUUUCUUGAGUCCUUUGAGGAGACGCCGAUGCUGGUGGCAGUGCUCACCUAUAUGGGCUACGGCAUCCUGACCAUCUUCGGCUACCUCCGAGACUUUCUGCGUCACUGGAAGAUUGAAAGGUGCCACAUCGCCAGGGAGAAGGAGGAACAGAGGGACUUUGUGCCGCUCUACCAGGAUUUUGAGAACUUUUACACCAGAAACCUCUACAUGCGUAUAAGAGACAACUGGAACAGGCCCAUAUGCAGCGUACCAGGGGCCAAAAUGGACCUGAUGGAACGAGCCUCCCAUGACUACAACUGGACUUUUAAUUACACAGGCCGGGUCGUGCCGGAUGUGAUUAACUUGGGCUCAUAUAAUUACCUCGGCUUCGCUGAGAACACGGGUCCAUGUGCUGAGUCUGCAGCCGAGGUCACCAUGAAGUACGGCGUCGGAGUUGCAAGCACCAGGCAGGAGAUCGGUAACCUGGACAGACAUGAGGAGAUGGAGAAACUUGUGGCUAAGUUCCUGGGUGUGGAGUCAGCCAUGGCAUUUGGGAUGGGUUUUGCAACCAACUCCAUGAACAUACCAGCACUGGCUGGCAAGGGCUGCCUGAUUCUGAGUGAUGAACUUAACCACGCCUCUUUGGUCCUGGGAGCCAGACUCUCCGGGGCCACCAUCAGAGUCUUCAAACACAACAAUAUGCAGAGCCUUGAGAAACUGCUUAGAGAGGCCAUAGUCCACGGGCAGCCCAGGACUCACAGACCAUGGAAGAAGAUCCUCAUUGUGGUAGAGGGCAUUUACAGCAUGGAGGGCAGUGUAGUGCGCCUGCCAGAAGUGAUUGCCCUGAAGAAGCGCUACCGGGCCUACCUUUACCUAGAUGAGGCCCACAGCAUAGGGGCCCUGGGGCAGAGAGGGAGAGGUGUGGUCGAUUACUUUGGCCUAGACCCCUGUGAUGUGGACGUCUUGAUGGGCACAUUUACCAAGAGCUUCGGUGCUGCAGGGGGAUACAUCGCAGGGAAAAGGGAGCUUAUUGAGUACCUGCGCUCCCAUUCCCACAGUGCGGUCUACGCCACCUCCAUGUCUCCUCCUGUGGUUGAGCAAAUCAUCACUUCUAUGAAGUGCAUUAUGGGAGAGGAUGGCACAACAAUAGGCUGUAAACGUGUGCGACAGCUGGCAGAGAACACAGUCUAUUUCCGCAAGAGGCUUCGAGAAAUGGGCUUCAUCAUCUACGGCAACGAGGACUCACCUGUCGUACCCAUGAUGCUCUACAUGCCCGCCAAGAUAGGAGCGUUUGGUAGGGAGAUGCUGAAGAGGAACAUCGGGGUGGUGGUCGUUGGCUUCCCUGCUACACCGAUCAUCGAAUCCCGGGCACGCUUCUGCAUCUCAGCCGCCCACACGAAAGACGUGCUAGACAGGGCACUGAGUGUCAUCGAUGAGGUGGGAGACCUUCUUCAGCUCAAGUACUCCCGACACAAAAUACAGCCAUCUUUGGCGCGACCCUUUGAUGAUAACGUGUAUGAGGACAUUGACGACUGAUGAACCAUUCCUCUCCAUAAAGUGGGGUGAACCACAACAACCCCCCCAAAAUACAGAACGGGUCAAGAUGGAUCACAAGUCUUCCACAAGGACCGCGAUGUGCACAGGUGCCCCUUGUCACUAGCUUGCCAUAAUGUAACCCCCCAACAAAAGGAAAACACUUAAAACUGUCAUCUAAUUCUACUUUGCCUUACAUAAACAUGCAGAACUUGUGGUGCACACACUGAAAAACAGCACUUAGGCUUUUUCCUGUGUAUUUUUUUAUUACUUUUUAUCAUUUUGUGUCGAAGAAUUUUAUUUCUAUCUGUGUGUAUGUCUGCGUUGCUUGUAGUAUUUGUCAUGUUAAGCCUUGUGGUUGUGUAUGUGAAGUGGACAAACGCCAACUUUCCAAAUGUCUCUUCAACAGUGAACUGCUGGAAUUUUUUUCAUAAUAUGGAUCUAAAGUGAACUUUAAUGGGGUAAAGUUAGAUUCAUCAAAACAUCAAUCAAACGGCAUGUUCUUUCAUCCAGUACCAGUUGUCAUAGGCCAAAAGUGGAGAGCACUGGAUGUUGCAAUGUUUGCACAUGCAAGUGACCCGAUUUCAUCCCUGUCAGUCUAUUUGUUAGCAAGAUAUAGCACCAAGUGAAAUGGGAUUGUGUAAUUAUUGAUCCAGAUCUGGACUGCCAUUGGUCGAUUUUAACAUUAUACUAUUCAUGUGCUGAUGGGAGAACCCCAACAUCCUCUUGGCAUUCUUUAGAGACUUUAGAGACUUCUGUGGUGGUGGUGGUGCACACUCUACUAGGGGACUUGUAGUUUUGUUGAAAGUAGUUUUGUAAGGUAAAACAGAACUCGAACUUUUCCCCAUUUCAUUGUAGGGAAUAAGACGAGUCUUAAAACCCAGAGGCCGUACUGCUCCUGGAACCUGACUUCACCACGCAUUUUUGAUCACAUUACAUCAUUGUCAUUCCAUCCUUGGUUCCUCCUAGACCAGGGGUCGGCAACCUUUACGAUCAAAAGAGCCAUGUUCUACCAAAAAUGAUUAAAAAAAAUCUAUCUGGAGCGGCAAAAAAUAUUAAGCCUGAUAAUGAAGGUAUUGCAGCAUAUAAAAUCUAAACUAGCCUGUCAACAUUACAAAUAGAUCCGAUUGAGCAUUCAUUAAUACGUUUUACCACUAGAUGGCACUGCAGUGGGCUAUUUUUGAUUAUUUGGAACUUGAACUCUGCAGAGUUGGCAGUGAAAGCAAAUGAGGCUUUCCAUGCACUAUAUUAUUCUCUCUUCUUCUCAGAGACUUUUACUUUUUUUGGAUUUCGAACCCAUAGUUAGCGAAGCUAGGGAGAUUUAAGAUUAGCCACCGCUCCUGAUGUUUGGCAAAAUUUGGAGGAAAAGGCGCCAGGCCACAGAUGUUUGAAGCAGAGUUGGCGGUUAAAGCAAACAAAUCUCUUCACAUAUAAAUAAAUUCUAUUUUCUUCAGAAACUUUUCUCUUUUUGGAUUUGAAAUCUGUAGCUCACCAAGCUCGGGAGACUCAGGACUAUCGUAGGCACCGCUAUUAACGUUUGGCAAAAUGGAGAGGAAAAGACGCUGGGCUGACGUCGACUGAUACAUAUUUUAGUUGCAGAAAUGUAAAAACGUUUUUUUUUAUUUGGUGUAUUGGCUACUCAUUUUUACAGUUGAAGAAUGUCAGAAUCACUUAGGGCCUACAGCACUGAUAAAUGUAAUUCCAAAUGUUAAAAAAUAAGUGUUAUUUAUUUCCACAUGAUUUUUUAAAAAUUUUUGUCAAAGCCAAAGGGAGCCACUGGAGAGGCACUAAAGAGCGGCAUGCGGCUGUAGUGCCUCAGGUUGCUUACCCCUGUUCUAGACAGACAAAAAAUAUAGAACCUCAGAGUUAAAGGAAUACCUCACCCACAAAAUGACCAUUUGUGUAUCAAUUACUCAUCCUGUGUUAAGUUGAAUUUGUUUGUCUCGCAUGCCUCCACGGUGAAGGAAGAAUCCAAAAACAAAGAACAUUCUUGAUGAAUUGAAGUCAUAGGGGUCCAUAUUUGAAAACAGCAAAUCUAUAUCAAAACAUCUGUUCAUAAACUCACAACUCCUGCAAUAUAAUGCCAGUCUCAUUAGUCCAGUAAGAUGUUAAGUUCUUCUAAUGCAUUUUCUCUGCAAUCUAUUUAAAGCACUUGCACAUAAACAGUCUCACACAUGGAUGAGUCGUGGGCCUGGGAAAUUCCAUGGAAUGCAUAAGCAGAGUUAGAACUUGAUUAACUCAUAUCGCAGCGGUGCCUGGACAGCGUGACGUGUGUGGUUGUGCUGCUGCCGUGGUCCUGCCAGAUGCCUCCUGCUGCUGCUGCCGUCAUUAGUCAUACUUCUACUGUUAUUAUACACAUAUGACUAUUGUCACACAUGUAUACUGCCAGAUAUUA